CCCUUAAACUCCUUCAGCCGGCUUUCAGAUGUUCUCUCUCUCAGAUCGUCUCCUCCUCUGCCUCUUCGCCUCUUCGCCUCUUUGCCUCCGUAACUGAAGGAAACAUGUUGCUCCACAGACUCCUGGCUCUGCUGGGACUCCUCACGCUCUGCAAAGGUCAGGAAGAGACGGCCACAGAGGAGCCCUGCGACAACUUCACGGACCUGGACCUGUCUCACUGCUUCAUGGGAACCAGCCUGUACGUCCGCCUGCUGCUCUACACCCGCGCCAACCUGGACUGCGGCCGGGAGCUCAGCCACCACCGCCUGUCCUCCCAGCCGCUGCUGGACCUCCACCGCCCCACCGCCUUCGUCAUCCACGGCUACAGGCCCACCGGCGCGCCGCCCAUCUGGAUCAACCACAUAGUUCACCUGCUGGCCGAGCAGGAGGACAUGAACAUCAUCGUGGUGGACUGGAACAAAGGAGCCGCCAACCUCAACUACUUCACCGCCGUCACCUACACCAGAGAGGCCGCUCUGAACCUGACGGGCUUCAUCAGAACCAUGCAGGAAGAAGGAGCCUCUCUGAGCUCCAUACAUGUCAUAGGGGUCAGCCUGGGAGCUCACCUGGCCGGAUUCGUUGGAGCAAACCUGAAAGGAGCAAUCGGUCGCAUCACAGGUUUGGACCCGGCCGGGCCGAUGUUCACCAGCGCCACGCCGGAGGAGAGGCUGGACCCGUCUGACGCCAUGUUUGUGGACGUCCUGCACACCGACAUGAACUCAUUCGGACUCCGAGGAGCUCAUGGUCACAUCGACUUCUACGCCAACGGAGGAACCGACCAACCAGGAUGUCCUAAAACCAUCUUCUCAGGUAAAUCUUACUUUGUGUGCGACCACCAGCGCUCGGUGUUCCUGUUCCUGUGCGCCCUGAACCGAACCUGCCACCUCACCGGCUACCCCUGCUCCUCAUACAGCCGCUUCCUGGACGGCCAGUGCCUGCAGUGCGAGGCCUUUAAACCCGCGUCCUGCCCUGUGCUCGGCUACGACGUCAGCCAGUGGAGAGAUGCUCUGGUGCAGCUCGGACAGACCAAGGUCUUCUUCAGCACCACCGCCUCCCUGCCCUACCAGAAGCUCAGCUACAGAGUGGACAUGGUGACGUGGAACCAGUACCUGCGCUGGGGGGUCGUCUACAUCCGUCUGCACAGCGGCAGGAACUUCACGGAGGCCCGGAUCGACCAUAAGCUGCUGCGGUUCGAGCAGUUCACCUCCACCCGGCUGCUGGCCCAGUUCGACGACGACCUGCAGCCCGUCCAGAAGAUCUCCAUGCGCAUCAACACCGGGAACAUCAUCGGCCCUCGGUACAAAAUCAGGCUGAUUAGAAUCCGCUUCACGCCACUGGAGCGUCCUGACAGGCCGGUCAUGUGCCGAUUUGACAUCAUCAUGGAGGAGAACAUGGAGGUGGCGUUCAGACCUCUGCCCUGCGGCGGCCGCCUCUGACGCUGAGGCCGGACGGACCGACGCCUGACGCCCUGCUGCAUCCGGGUCGGUUCAGGACCUCCAUCCGCCUCCAUCCGCCUCCAUCCGCCUCCAGGAGAAGCAGCGCUGCCCUGCGACCUGCCGCUGUGGGUUACCCCUGGUCCUCAGGACGCUGAGAACUACAGGACAGAUCAGAGGUCCUGCUGGGACAGAGAGUCUCCAGUCGACUUGAUGAAGCCCAGCUUCAGCUCGACUGGGAUUGUUCUUAAGUUUUUAGUGUGAAACCCGUUUCAGGGCCUGUUUUCAGCUGUAGGAGUCCGUUUAUUAACCAGGCUGACAGGAAAUAAACCGUCUGCUUCAGGAGUAAUCACAUGUUCGUUAUACUGCUGCAGCAGCUCGCUGACCAGGACUCAUUUAGCUUCCAUCUUUUAAAGUGGUCUUAAUAAACAGCUCUGAGGACUUUC